GCCCAGCAGAGUCGUCCCUCUCCCGAAUCUCGCGAUACUUGCGCCGGCGGCUGCUGGUCUUGCUCCAAACAUGGCCGACUACUGGGACAUCCCGGACGGCACCGACUGCCCUCGCAAGGCCUGGAUCACGGGGCGCCUCGGGGCCGGCAUCGGUCUGCUGGGGUCGAUUUACCGUAUUAUACUCAUCCAGCCAGAGACGACUUUGGAGGCUUUUCAGAGGGCGGCCACAGGCACAGUCACCAUGGCUACCAUAGGGGCCAUUUUUGGAGUCACUACCUGUGUCUGCGCCCAGAUCCGAGAUGCCCCAGAAGACCCCUUGAACUACUUUAUCGGAGGCUGCGCGGCAGGCACCAUCUUGGGAGCUAGAGCUCACAGCUUCAGCACUGGCACGACGGCCUGUCUUGGCCUGGGCCUGGUGGCCUUUUUCACCAAAGUGGGCAAGAAAGAGGGCUGGCGCCUCUUGGAACCCAAACUCUAAACCCCGCCCUCCUCUUCCUCCGCCUUCCCGUCUUGUGUAUGUCAAUGAAUGGUGGUCUCUGCGCAGUGUCCCCGAUUGAGGCUCGGAGGUGGCAUGUCUGCAGCUCAAGGGCAGAGAUCUUGAGCGGCGGCUGCAAAGUGUUGGCAGCGUCUGUCCCAGGUCCUGGUGGGGGCUGCCCUUCCAAAUAAAAAGAAGACCGCUUGGUCCUGUUGACUUUC